AUGGAAGCUUGUCACUCUACAGAGCAAUCCAAUGGCACUUCAUACAGCAUCGUGGCUGUGGCCAUCAUCACCCUUGAGACUUUUGCUGGCCUGUGGAUAAAUGCUUUCAUUGUCUCUGUGCUUUGUAUUGCUUGGGUCAAAGAGAAAAGCUUAAACUCUAGUGAGAAGAUCUUGCUGCUUCUGGGAUGGUUCAGAUUUUGGUAUUUGUGUAUCUCAUGGGUAUACUCCUUUCUCGCAAUAAUUUAUCCCGAAUACCUUUGUGUUCACCCAACACUUCAAAUAGUUGAAGGUAUUCGAAGCUUUUUUAUUUGUUCCAACUUGUGGGUUUCUGCCAGUCUUUGUGUUUUUUACUGUAUCAAAAUUGCCAAUUUCAGGAACAGCUUCUUCAUCUACCUGAAAGUAAAAAUUGACAGGAUUGUGCCAUGGCUCUUGCUGGGGUCAGUGCUUUUCUCCCUGCUUAUUGGCAUCCUUGUUUACAACAUUAUUGAUAAAGCUAUCUGUCAUAACCUCAAUUUCACCUGCCAUGGAAUUGCUUGGAAAUCAAGUAUCAGAGUGAAGGAACAUUUUUUUCCUAUGUUUUUUAUCAUAGGCAUGGAAUUUGCCAUUUCAUUCAUGACAGUCACCUUUUCUGCCCUUCUCCUUCUCUUUUCCCUCUGGAGACACAAACGCACAAUGGAGACAAACUCCAUGAAGAAUCUCAGCAUGGAUGCCCACAUCAAAGCCAUGAAAUCUAUUCUCUCCUUCUUCAUGAUGUACAGCAUCAACUUUAUAUCUUUGAUCUUGACACUGAUUUAUGCAACAGAGGUGCAAAAUCCUAUGAUAUUUCUUAAUUAUGUAUCUCUGUAUGCAUUUCCUGUUGUUCAUUCCCUUACUCUGAUUUUCAGCAAUCCCAAACUGGAAAAGACCCUUCUAAGGAUUCUAUCCUGUGUGAAGUGCAAGGUUUGCAUGAGGUAG